CAUCAGCCUCUCCAUCCUCCCACACCCACUCCCCAAAUCCACAGGGGACUUCGGCUCCUUCUGAUUGGUCAGGGAUGAGGCAACAAGGGGGGACGGAAACAAUGUCAUCAUGUCGCCUUAAAAAGAGUGCAGCUAUGUUGUGGUGAAAGCACCUCGGGAGGAGAACAGAGGAUCAAUAGCAGGAGGAAACAACACAAAAAGACGCAUCAGAUGUUUCUAUCCGCGAGCGGCUGAAAGUGGAUUUCUUCUCCCCGCAGCAGCGUCCAAAGUGCCUUCAGCUCUCCGAACAGCGCGAACAUGCCGAGAGGAUUUUUAGUGAAAAGGAACAAGAAACCCAACCCGGUGUCCUACCGGGUUCGCUCCGAUGAGGAGGAAGCUGAGCAAACAGCGGCUGAUGCGCUGCUGCCGUCCUCUUCCGCAGCUCUCGCCUCCUUCCCGGUGCGCGCACAUACGCCGACGCCCACCUGCGGGGAGGCAGCAGCAGCACCGGAGCAGAACGCUAAACCGGUCCAGUUCGGGAACCCGGAGGCGGUGUACCAGGCGCUCUACAGCCCCACCCGGCCCGUCAGCCAGGACCACGACCGCUCCUACUUUGAGAGACGCUUCAACCUCGGCUCACCGGUUUCUGCGGAGUCUUUCCCAACACCAGCAGCACUAACGGCUCUAGACCACCUCUUCGCCCCGGUGGAUCUGAAAACCGUCUCCAGCAACAGCAGCCGCACCGACACCAGCGCCACAUCCACCGCGACGCUCCCUAACCCCGGAGCCAAGCGACCCUCCAGCGACACCGAGCGCAAAAGCAAACCGCCGUCCAAGAAAACCAAAGCUAUCCGGAAACUGCACUUUGAGGAUGAUGUCACCACAUCUCCGGUCCUCGGGCUCAAAAUUAAAGAAGCGCCGGUGGACCAGAAGCCUCCCAGACCGCAGACGGCCGGAGGUGACAACAACCCGCUGGGCGAGUUCGUGUGCCAGCUGUGCCGGGAGGCGUACGCAGACCCGUUCGCUCUGGCGCAGCACAAGUGCUCCAGAAUAGUCCGGGUUGAGUACAGGUGUCCCGAGUGUGACAAGGUGUUCAGCUGCCCGGCUAACCUCGCUUCGCACCGGCGGUGGCACAAACCCAAGCCGCAGAGCGGAGCCUCCGGUGCGCAAAAUUUGGAGAGCGACAAAGCUGCCGCGUCCGGGAAGGCUGCUCCGGAUGAAGCGAAGGAUUCUAGUGACAGAGACACACCCAGCCCAGGACCGUCCGAGUCGGGCUCAGAGGAAGGGCUGUAUGAUUGUAAUCACUGUGGGAAAAAGUUUAAGCGCCAAGCGUACCUGCGGAAGCACCUGGCGUCACAACACGGCUCCCCGAAACCGGCGGAGGAGGAGGACGCGCCGGCCUGCGAGCAGAGCGCGGCGCCGCUCAACCUGAGCUCCUCCACCUGCCACCUGUGUCCGGUCUGCGGGGAGAACUUUUCCAACAGGGACAGCCAGGAGCGGCACAUCCGCCUGCUGCACUCCUCGCAGGUCUACCCGUGCAAAUACUGCCCCGCCAUCUUCUACAGCUCUCCGGGACUCACGAGGCACAUCAACAAAUGCCACCCGUCCGAGAACCGGCAGGUGAUCCUGCUGCAGAUGCCGCUCCGCCCCGCCUGCUGAUCCGGGACUUUAGGCUGCCUUCACACUGUCAGACAACAAGAUACACAGUCCAGACGUGUUUUCUGAGUGGAUGUUAGGAUGCACUGCAAAAAUAUCCGCCUUAAAAGGUUUAUUUUUAAACGUUUGAGCGCCUAAAAUCUGACUUUUUU